UGAAUAUAAGAAGUGUACAAUCGUAGGGCAUAAAAGUUGAAUUUAUAAUUUGUGGUUUUAUACCGUUAAGGGGGAAAGUUAUGUUAUAAUCCAUGUUAAUCGUACAACUUCAUUCGUCAGAUCAUUGCUAUCAGUAACUUUUGUUCGUCGUAACCAAGCUGAUAAGAGGGCUCUCAUACGGACAAAAUUAACACUACUAAAAGAACGUGCUAGAAAUAGUACUUCGUAACUCUGUUGCUAGAAAGUAAGCUUAUUUCAAUCGACAUCCAAGAUUAACCUUUCGGUGGAAAUCAGCAUGAGUGAGAGUGAAGAAUCUCCGCCAGCUACGAAUAGUGCAGAACCGGUGUCUCCGCCAGCCUUGCCAUUACGAGAGCAUUUGAUUUCAACCGCGGUAAAGUUCCUCAACAAUCCGAAUGUAGUGCGCAGUGCCAUCAAUCAGAAACAAGCUUUUCUACGAUCCAAAGGUUUGAACGAGGAAGAAAUUCAGCUAGCAUGCGAACGUGCCGGGGUUUUCACAAAAGAUCCAACCGUUACCAAUCACCAGACUGUCAUAAGCAUGGGAGUGGAAUCUUCCUCAGCCUUCUCAAAGUACGCCGUCCAGCCGCAGCAAGGUUGGUUUGGCAGAGUCAAAGAAAUGCUCAGUUCGGUGGCACUAAUCAGUGGACUCAUGUACGGGGUGUACCUAUUCUACAAGAAAUAUAUAGAACCUGUGAUUUUCCGAAAUAAAGUCAAAAAGCCAGUAGAUGAACAGAUCGCCGACUUAAGUAAGACUGUCGAAGUUAAAAUUGAUAAUCUUAACCUGGAGCUGAUAAAAAUCAAGGACGAAUUGAAUCGGGUAAAUCAGACACAAUCGGCUGCCAAAGAACUUGCCAACUUCAAAACAGAUCUAGACUCAAUCAAAGGGCUUCUACUAAACAGAAAACAAUUCGCUUCUCCUGCUCUACCCGUGGUACGACCUUCGAUCCCUGCAUGGCAACUGCAGUCUCAGUCUCAAGAAAGAACACCUAUCAGCGAGAGUGAACCUGAGAAAAAUGACGACAAUGACACCGGUUCCGGAUCUGGUUCAAGUGACCAUGAUGUGGUGCUGAAGAACAGCGACAGCAGUUUAGAGAUAAUGUAAUUGCAUGCAGAAAACAACCGCUGUUCCUGACAGUAUUGCACUGUUGUUCUGAGGUAGGAGCCGGUGUACCAAUGAAUACUCUGCUUUCUUUUUUCACAGAUCGUAAAAAAUUGGCUAAGGUUGUGGCACAGGAUUAGGCGAAUGCGCGGUGGAAGUUGUAAAAUGGUAUUUUGUAAUUUUUGAUAUUUCAGUUAAUAUACAAGCAUGAGUUCUUUCACGAAGAAGCGACAGGAAGAGCAUUUCGCUUUUAGGUGUAGUGUACAGUUUAAUAAGAGGGAUGCUUCCUUUUUUGAAUUAGUUAAAACCAAUGUUAAGACAUAGUGACAGACAUUGCUCUAAUAAAUAUGUGGCAGUUUUAAAGAGAUUAAAUAAGA